CCUCCCCCGUGAUGGAAAUGCUGUAUAAAUGCAGCAUCAGCCUGUCAACAGCAGUGUCUGAAUACUUAUUGGUGCCCGAACAUGAAGGGACUGAGCUUGGUUCUCCUGGUGCUUCUCCUGAUGCUUGCAGUCGGAGAGGGCGAUGAUCCAGAAAUGCAGUACUGGACUUGUGGGUAUAGAGGACUCUGCAGACGGUUCUGCUAUGCUCAGGAGUACAUCGUCGGUCAUCACGGUUGCCCUCGGAGAUACAGGUGUUGUGCUAUACGGUCUUAGCAGCUCCUGCAAGGUGUCCCGGCAUGAGGGCCGGCAUCUUCAGCUCACGCAGCUGGGAUCCUGGCAGCCGGCACAGCCUUCUUUCUCCAGAUAAACCAUCUUGACAUCUUUGCUGUCGAUCAGUCCCUCUUGGAUCUGACGCCGAGUGCUUUUGAAGUGGACUUUAUAUGCUGUACUAAGAACCUAACUCAUUUACUCAUGUUGCUGCCUGAAACACUUUGUGGCUGAUCCUGUACCUCACAGAAUGAUGUCUCAUAACACAGCCUUUGUGAACAGUUGAUUCCUUCUCUCUGAAAUGCAGUGCCAAUGCCAAUAAAUGCAGGGAAACAGA